UGGCAACGUAACAUCAUCAGAAGAGUGGUGCAAUCGCUUCGUUCGACAAAUUGCUUAAUUCAGUGCCUCGUAGAAUUAGUAUUAUAUAAUACAACUUUGUAUAAAGAGUUGUGAAGCUUUGGCUCUAGAAAAGUUCAUACAUAAUGCCUAAUUCUGUCGAUGUGGUGAUUCCAAUCUGUUUUCCGUUCUGAAUCUGGCCACCUAUUCCUCUACCUCAAGCUUUUAUCUAGAGUUGUUCGAGCCGGUUGCCAUGGUAACCGAAGAUCAAGGGCAGACUGAUGGUAAUGCUAGCUUUUUGCGAGCAGCCAGGGCAGGCAACCUUGAAAAAGUCUUAGAAUAUCUGAAGGGGAGUAUUGAUAUCAAUACCAGCAAUGCUAAUGGACUGAAUGCAUUGCACCUUGCAUCUAAAGAGGGUCAUGUGAACAUCGUUAGUGAGCUUUUGAAGCGAGGAGCCAAUGUCAAUGCUGCUACUAAGAAAGGAAAUACAGCCUUACAUAUAGCCUCUCUAGCUGGCCAAGAGGCUGUGGUGAAGAUUCUGGUGCAGAGUGGGGCCAAUGUUAAUGUUCAGUCCCAGAAUGGCUUCACCCCCCUCUACAUGGCUGCACAAGAGAACCAUGACAAUGUUGUUCGCUUCUUACUUGCUAAUGGAGCCAAUCAAAGCCUUGCAACAGAGGAUGGCUUUACCCCCCUUGCUGUAGCUCUCCAGCAAGGUCAUGACAAAGUUGUAGCAGUUUUACUAGAAAAUGAUGCCAAAGGAAGAGUUCGUCUCCCUGCCCUCCACAUUGCUGCAAAGAAAGAUGAUUGUAAGGCAGCUGCUCUACUUCUUCAGAAUGAUCAUAACCCAGAUGUUACUUCAAAGAGUGGUUUUACUCCGCUACACAUUGCAGCCCAUUAUGGCAAUGACAAUAUUGGCCGCCUUCUACUUGAGAAGGGUGCUGAAAUAAACUACGCUGCUAAGCAUCAAAUAACUCCUCUCCACGUAGCAUCAAAAUGGGGUAAAGCAAACAUGGCAACCUUGCUUUUAGACAAAGGGGCUAAAAUUGAUGCAUUUACUAGGGAUGGUCUUACACCUCUACACUGUGCUGCUCGCAGUGGUCAUGAUCAUGUUGUAGAUUUGUUGCUUGAAAAAGGUGCCCCUAUUACAGCCAAAACGAAGAAUGGUCUUGCUCCUCUUCACAUGGCAUCUCAAGGUGACCAUGUAGAUGGAGCUAGGAUUUUGUUGUAUCAUAAAGCUCCUGUAGAUGAUGUCACAGUUGACUAUCUUACAGCUUUACAUGUAGCUGCUCACUGUGGUCAUGUUAGAGUGGCCAAACUUCUUCUUGAUCGUAAAGCUGACCCUAAUGCAAGAGCUCUGAAUGGUUUCACUCCACUUCACAUUGCAUGUAAAAAAAACAGAAUUAAAGUAGUUGAACUGCUCUUGAAACAUGGAGCUUCUAUUGAAGCUAGAACAGAGUCUGGUCUUACACCGCUUCAUGUGGCUGCUUUUAUGGGAAAUAUGAACAUUGUUAUCUUCUUGAUUCAACAUGGAGCCGAUCCAGAUAUUCCAACUGUCCGAGGAGAAACUCCGAUCCAUCUGGCUGCAAGAGCUAAUCAAGCUGAUAUAAUUCGCAUCCUUUUAAGAAAUGGAGCUCGUGUGGAUGCUAAAGCUAGAGAACAUCAGACUCCCUUGCACAUUGCUGCUCGACUUGGUAACGUGGACAUUGUGAGUUUGCUGAUCCAACAUGGGGCAGCAGUGGAUGCUACAACCAAAGAUAUGUACACAGCUCUUCACAUUGCAGCUAAAGAAGGACAGGAAGAGGUGGCUUCUGUUUUGUUAGACAAUGGAGCUUCACUCACUGCAACUACCAAGAAAGGCUUUACUCCUCUUCACUUAGCUGCUAAGUAUGGAAAUAUUAAAGUUGCAAGACUUUUACUCCAGAAAGAUGCUCCAGUUGAUGCACAGGGAAAGAACGGUGUAACACCACUCCAUGUUGCAGCACAUUAUGAUCAUGUCAAUGUAGCACUGCUGUUGCUUGACAAAGGAGCAUCCCCUCAUGCUACUGCAAAGAAUGGUUAUACCCCUCUCCAUAUUGCUGCUAAAAAGAGUCAGAUGGAUAUUGCAACAACUCUUUUGGAAUAUGGAGCUAAAGCAAAUUCUGAAUCUAAAGCAGGUUUCACUCCUCUUCAUUUAGCUGCUCAGGAAGGCCACACAGACAUGACAACGCUGUUGAUUGAGCACCGAGCUGAUGUAAACAUGAAAGCUAAAAAUGGUCUUACUCCACUUCAUCUUUGUGGCCAAGAGGAUCAUGUGAACGUAGCAGCAAUUUUAGUAAAGAAUGAUGCUGAGAUUGAUCCAGAAACUAAUGCAGGGUACACUCCAUUGCAUGUUGCGUGUCACUUUGGUCAAGUCAACAUGGUUAGGUUCCUGCUCCAGCAUGCAUCUAAUGUUAACUCUAUUACUUCGCAUGGGUACACACCUCUUCAUCAAGCAGCCCAGCAGGGACACACUUUAAUUAUUAGUCUUCUACUUGAAAAUAAAGCUUCUCCAAAUGCUUUGACUAAUCAAGGACAAACAGCACUAUCCAUUGCCAAACGUCUUGGUUACAUAUCAGUCGUGGAAACUCUGAAGGUUGUAACAGAAACUACUACUAUAACUACCACCACUACCAUUGUAGAAGAAAAGUACAAAGUUGUAGCACCUGAAACCAUGCAGGAAACAUUCAUGAGUGAUUCUGAGGAUGAAGGAGGUGAUGAAAUUGAAGAUACUGCCCUGUUCGGAAAACCCACCCACGCUACUCAUGUGUAUCUACCAUAUUACGAGGGUCAAAAGUUGCAAACGCGAGAAGAUACAAUACUAGGAGAUCAGUCCAUGCGUUACCUGACAGCAGAUGAAAUGAAAUCACUUGGAGAUGACUCUUUGCCUAUUGAUGUCACCAAAGAUGAAAGAACUGCUGAAUCUAUGUUAUUGAGUGCAGAUUCUGGAGCCCCUUUAACAGUAGAGGAAGACCAUCUCUCACCUCUGCACGUUAGGCAUGAUAUUGAAACUGUAUUUGUGAGCAACUAUGCUGCAGAUAAUGUUGACAUCUCAAGAGCACCUGUUCAUGCAGGCAAGCUUAAAUGGAAGACGUUUCUUGUCAGUUUUAUGGUGGAUGCUCGUGGAGGUGCCAUGCGAGGAUGUCGACAUUCAGGUGUAAGAGUUAUAAUCCCUCCUCGUAAAGCACCCAUGCCCAUGAGGAUCACGUGCCGUUACUUAAGAAAAGAGAAGCUUACCCAUCCUCCUCCACUGAUGGAAGGAGAAGCUUGUGCCUCACGAAUAUUAGAGAUUGGACCUGUUGGGGCCAAAUUCUUAGGGCCUGUGAUUAUUGAGGUUCCGCAUUUUGCAUCUCUUCGAAGAAAAGAGCGAGAGAUAACAAUUUUACGCAGUGAUAAUGGAGAAGCCUGGCGAGAACACACACUUGAAGCAACAGAAGAAGCAGUGCAAGAUGUUUUGAAUGAAAGUUUCGAAGGUGAAGAACUGAAUGCCCUUCAGGAUCUUAACACAAACCGCAUUACCCAAAUUUUGACCACAGACUUUCCACAGUAUUUUGCCAUUAUCACACGUGUAAGACAAGAAGUUCAUGCUAUAGGACCAGAGGGAGGAAUGGUCAGUUCUACAGUAGUUCCUCAGGUCCAGGCAAUCUUCCCAGAGGGAGCACUAACAAAAAAGAUUAAAGUUGGACUUCAGGCACAACCAAUCCCACCAGAGCUUGUAUCAAAGUUGCUGGGAAAUCGUGUUGGUGUCAGCCCUAUUGUUACUGUAGAACCACGCCGACGAAAGUUUCACAAGCCCAUUACCCUUACAAUUCCAGUGCCACAAGCUGCAACAAAGGGCAUGAUCAACCAGUAUAGUGGAGAUGCCCCAACGCUGAGGUUAUUGUGCAGCAUAACAGGUAGUAGAAUGUCAGGAGGAGUUACCAAAGCUCAGUGGGAGGAUGUAACAGGAUCAACACCUCUAACCUUUGUCAAUGACUGUGUUUCUUUCACAACUACAGUAUCGGCAAGAUUCUGGUUGAUGGACUGUAGACAGGUUAAUGAAGUUACAAAGUAUGCAACUGAGCUUUAUCGAGAAGCGGUACACGUUCCCUUUAUGGCCAAAUUUGUGGUGUUUGCAAAACACUAUGAGCCUAUGGAAGCUCAGCUGCGAGUCUUUUGCAUGACAGAUGAUAAGGAAGAGAAGACACUAGAAAGCCAAGAAAACUUUUCAGAGGUUGCUAAGAGUCGUGAUGUUGAAGUCUUGGAAGGAAAAUCUCAAUUUCUAGAAUUUGCUGGAAACCUUGUACCAGUUACAAAGUCUGGAGAACAACUAGCACUGAACUUUCAGGCUUUUAGAGAAAACAGGUUACCUUUUAUUGUACGAGUCAAAGACCCACACCAGGAAUCUGUUGGUAGAAUAGCUUUUAUGAGGGAGCCUAAAGUGAGCCGUGGUGAGCCUCCACAGACUCCUAUAUGCAAUCUAAAUAUUGUAUUACCUGAUAUUUGCAAGAUUGAAGUUAAACCAGUACCAACAGAACUAGUAACACUAGAAAAAAAAUAUGGUUUUGUUGAAGAAACAGGACUAGCAAAGCCUGAGCUUAUCCAUCGUGCUGACCUUCGAUUGUCUGACAUUGCACGAGGUUUGGAUCAAGACUGGGUGCAGCUAGCAGACCAACUUGACGUUUCUGAAUCUGAGGUGAACAAUAUUAAGAAAGAACAGCCCAAUGAUCCAGUGCAACAAGCUUUGGUGAUGCUUAGGCUAUGGUUACAGCAGGCUAAUGAAGAUGCAACUGGCAAUAAUCUUGAAAAGGCUCUUAGAAAAAUUGGAAGGGAAGAUAUUGUCAACAGCUGCAUGUUUAAUGUGGAAAUUGUUACUGAUGAUGUAGAAAAAGCAGUUGCAAAAGUACAUUUGGACCAAUCAGGAUUUGAUGCCUUCAAAGAUGAACUUGGUUCUUCAAGGGAUGCAUCAUUGCGACGAGACAUUUCCCUUGAUGUAUCUUAUGAUGAACAGGACAUAAUGAAAGAAGCAGAAUCAGCUGAAGAAACCAGCAGUGAGGCUGGUUCAGUCCAUGAAAAACAACCAUCCACACCAGUAGAAAAGAAACCAGAAGAAGUUUACCAACUACUACAGCAAGAGUCUCAAAAAGAAGUUAAGGAGCACCAGAAAGAUGAAUUGAAGACUGAACAAAUGAUGACACCAACUUCUCAGGAAGAAAUUGUAAAAUUAAAGGAAAGUGAAAACAUGUUACAGGUCAAACAUAUUAUGGAGCAAGAGUCAACUUUAAAGGAAGUUGAAGUUGAAGAACAAAAAUGGGAAGAAUUGGAAAAACCAGAGGAAAUUAUUGAAGAUGAAGAAGAUAUAUCAUCAUUUGAAGAAGUAGAAAAGCCAUUAGAACAUUUAGAAUUUGAACACAUAGCUGGAUCACAAACACCUGAAGAAGUAGAAAGACCAUUAAAACAUUUAGAAUUCGAGCCUAUAACUGGAUCACGACCACCUGAAGAAGAAGAAAGGUUUGAAUCAUUAGAAAAGUCUUUGGAACAAGUACAAGAAGGUCAAACUUUUCUUUCAGUAGAAUCUAUUUCUAAAAUAGAAGCAGAAGAUGAGAAAUGGGAAAAAAUAGAAAAACUUGAUGAAGAAUUUGAGGAAGAAGAGUUAUCUCCAUUUGAAAAAUUAGAAGAACUAGAAGACCAACCAAAAGAAUUUAAAUUUGUGCUUGAACAUGAAAUUGUUACAGAAAAAGUUGGAUCUGAACAAUGGAAAAAGCUAGAAAAGUCAAAAGAUGCAAUUAUUAAAGAAACAGAAAUGAAUCCCCUUACUGAAUCAGAGACUCUGUUAGAGAAAAAAGAACCUUUAUUUGAACUUGAGUCUGGUAUAGAAGAAAAAAGGUUUAGAGAACCAAAAACUAUGCCAUUAAAUCUAGCUGAGCCAUUUGUAGAAAAACAAAACAAAGAAGAUAAUAUUCUUCUAGAAUUGGAAAAACCUAUUGAACUAGGCAUUAUGUUUGCAGUUGAACCUGAAGCUGUUGUUGUAAAAACAAAGACGAAAAUAAAUAUGCAUGAGGAACCAGAAAAGACACAAGAAAUAGAAAUUGAGUCCAUGAUUGAGUCUGAUCUUUUAAAAAAAACAGAAGUGGAAAAUCAGAAACCUGAAAAGUUAGAAGAAAAAUCAGCUGUACAGAAACCUGAAAUGGAAGAACUACUAAAACCAGUUGUUGUAUUUGAAUCUGAGCCUACUGAAGAAAUGCCAGGAAUAGAGGUUCAAGAAUUUGAAGAACAAGAAGUUAAACGUGUAGUUAAGACUAUUUUCGACAAAGAAGAAAUAGGGGAACUAGAAAUGCCAGUGGAAUCAGAUUUAAAACCUAUAGUUCAAACUGAUCCUAUCAUCAAAACAACAGAAAAUAUAAAACUUGAACAGCUAGAAAAAACUAUUCAACCAGAAGUCAAACCCAUAAUUGAAACUGAACCCAUUUUAAAAACAACAAUGAAAGAGGAGCUUCAACAACUAGAAAAACUUCUUGAAACUGAUCUUACUUUAAAAACAACAGAAAAGGAAGAACUUGAACAACUAAAAGAAAUUGUGGAACUGGAUGUUAAGCCUAUGGUUGAAUUUGAGAGUAUUAUUAAAAAAUCAGAAGUAAAAGACAAAAUAAUUGAAGAAUUAGAGAAACCUGUAGAAACAGAAGUUGAAUCUAUGGUUGAACUUGAGCCAUUUGUAGUUUUAAUAGAUGAAGAAGAACCUAAAGAAUCUGAACAACAACCUAAGGAAAUAGUAGAAUCACUAAAACAAAAAAUCAAGCUUGUGGUUGAUAGUGAACCAACUGUAAAUUUAACCAAAGAAAAUGAGAAAGAACCUAAAGAAGCAAAGCCAGAAGUCAAACCUGUAGUUGUUACUGAUUCUGGCAUAAAAUUACCAGCAGAGGUGGUAAAAGAGCUUGAAGAAAUAGAAAAAACAGGAGUGCCAGAAGUCGAACCUGUGGUUGAACAAGAAGUUGAACCUGUAGUUAAAAUUGAGUCAGUUGUAGAGUUAAUAGAGGAAGAAGGGCUAGAAGUAAAAGAAUUAAAACGAGAAGUCAAACUUGUAACUGUUAACGAGGAAGAUAAAAAGAUUAAAGAACUAGAAAAAUCAGUACAACCAGAAGUUAUACCCAUUGUUGAAACAGGGUUUGUUGUCAUUCAACAAGAAGAAGAACAAACGUUUGAACAACCAUUAAAACAUGAACUUAUUCCUCUAGUUGUUACUGAUCUUGUCAUACAACCACCAGAAGAGGAAGAGAAAAGACCUAAGAAACUGGAAAAAACAGGAGAACCAGAGAUUAAUCCUGUGAUUGGACUUGAGUUUACCAUUGAUCAUCAAGGACAAGAACAAAAACUUGAAAAAUUUGUAGAAUCAGAAGUCAUACCUCUGACUGAACAUGAGGCUGUUGUAGAUUUAAUAGAUGAAGAUCUUAAAGAGUCAAAAUCAGAAGUCAAACCGAUAGUUGUAACUGAUCUUGGCAUAACAUCACUAGAGAGUGAGUUUGAAAAACUGGAUACAACUAGAGAAGUAGAAGUCAAACCCAUUGUUGGACAAGAGCCUGUUGUUGAACAAGAACCACUAGAACAAGUAGUUAAACCUGUAGUUUUUACUAAUGUUAUCAUAAAGUCUCCAGAAGAGAAAGAUAAAAUGCAUGAAGAACUAGAAAAAUUAGACAAACCAGAAGCUAGGUCUGUGGUUGAACCUGAAUUUAUUGUUGACCAACAAGAAGAGGAAGAACAAAAACUUGAAGAAUUUGUUGAAUCAGUAGUUAUACCUGUGGCUGAACUUGAGACUGUUGUCAAUCAAGAAGAAAAAGAAGAAAAACUUGAAGAAGUUAAAUCUGUAAUUGUUUUUGAUUAUGUCGGAGAACCACCAGAAAAGGAAGGGAAAAAGUUUGAAGAACUAGAAAAAAUUGGAGAGUCAAAAAUCAAACUUGUUAUUGAACCAGAGCGUAUUGUUAAACAAGAAGGACAAAGGUUUUUACAAUCAGAAAGACAAGAGGUCAAACAUGAUUUUGUCACAAAACUAUCAGAAGAGGAAGAUAAAAAGUAUGAAGAAUCAGAAAAAAUUAUAGAACCAGAAGUCAAGUCUAUGACUGAACUUGAGCUUGUUGUUGAUCAUCAACAAGAAAAACAAAAACUUGGAGGGACUGUAGAACCAAUAGAACAAAAAACCAAACUUAUCAUUCAAACUGAGCCAAUUCCAAAUUUAAUAGAAGUGAAAAAGGAACAAACUAAAGAAUCAAAACCAGAUAUCAUACCUCUAUCUGUAACUGAUUUUGACAUGAAAUCACUUGAAGAUGAGGAGAAAGAGAUUAAAGAACCAGACAAGACAGGAGAACUAGAAGUCACAGCCAUAGUUGAAUCUGAGCCGGCUAUUGAACAAGAACAAAACAAAGUUGAAGAACAUUUGAAACAUACAGGUAAACCUGUAGUUGUUACUAAUCUUGGCAUAAAAUCAGUAGAAGAGGAACAAAAAAGGCAUGAAGAACUAGUAAAAACUGUAGAUACGAAAGUCAAAUCUGUGUUUGAACCUAAGCUUGUUAUUAAUCAACAAGAAGAACAACAAAAACUUAAAGAAUCUGUAGAAUUACUAGGACAAGAAUACCAUCCUGUAGUUGAACCUAAAUCAGUUGUUAAUAUAACAGGAAUAGAAGAAGAACCUAAAGAACCAAAACUAAAAGAUUUAUCAGUUGUUGGGACUGAUUUUAUCAUAAAAUCACCAGGAGUGGAAGAGAAAAUAUUUGAAGAACUGGAAAAAGUAGUAGAACCAAAAGUCAAGCCCAUGGUUGAACCUGAGUUUGUUGUAGAAAAAACAGAUUUGGAUAAACAGAAAUUAGAAGAGUUAGAAAAGAUAUUAGAACUGGAAAUCAAGCCUGUGGUUAUAUGUGAGCCUAUUGUAAAUGAAUCAGAAGUUGAAGAGAAAAACUUUGAAGCCUUAGAAAAACCAAAAUUUUCAUCUAUAGAAUCCAAAAAAAUUAUAUCUGUAAAUAAAUCUGUUGAAGAAAGAGCCACACCAGAUGAAACAACUGUUUGCUAUGACAGUUUAAUUACAGGUCAUCCUGAAGAGAGAGUUUCUUCUCAGUUGGAACCUAUAUGUGAAAUAAAAUCCAGACCUUCAGCAAGGCCAGCAGCAGAAGAGCCUAAUGAAGAGAAAAUUAUGGAGCCAACCAUAGCUGAAGAACUCUUUGACCAUAAAUCCCCACCACUUGAACCAAAGAUAACAACAAGAGAUGUUGACAUUCUACCUGAAUCACUUACAGCAAAACACACAGAAGAGAUUGAUGAUAGACAAACCACAACAACUAAAACUGAAACAGAGAAGUUAUUAGUUGAUGACACCACCAAACAUAGCAUCACCACUGUUACCAAGACUACUGUUGUCCAUGAUUUAGGUGAACUUCCUCCAGAAUUGAGAGACCAAAUGAUUAAGCAAGCUAAAUCAGAGGAAUGGUCUUCAAGUGAAAUGGGCUCUAGUCAUGUUUCCUUUUCUGGUCUCCCUGAGGAUGAACAGUCAGAAUUAGUCACCAUUUCCACCACACUGGAAUCAGAAGUAGCAGAGAGAAAAACUGAAGUAGACUCCCACAUUGAUGAGAAAGCAUGGACAGAAACAGAUGAGUCAGGAGCUGUUCAGCAUAUUAUUCAGAAGGAAAAACAAAGCACUUUCACUGUCAAAGAUGGUCAGUCAGAAAGUCAUCCAGGAACUGAAGGUGAUGACACAACUGUCUCUUCAUCAGUAGUUUCCGAGAUCAGUCAGGAAUUGAAACAUGAAGAAAAACGGCUCAGCUUUGCAGAAAAGAGAGAUUUUUUUCAAAAAUUAAGUGAGACAUAUGACUCUCCAGCAAAAAAGAUAGAUCCUUCCCUAUAUUUCUCAUCUCAUGAUGGUAUUGAUUCAGAUAUACAGAAACCUGAAGAUUAUGAUAUCCAGAAAAUCCAGAUGGAUAUUGAACAGUACCCUCAAAAAAGUGAAAUUAUUGAAGAGCAUAAAAGUUUUCAGGAACGACUACAUUUUUUCAAAACAAGCAUUGGAGAAUCUGAGCAAAGUGGCUUUACAAAAGAAAACAUUCCUACUGAAACAUCUACAAAAGGAAUGCCCGGAGACAUUCCUGAGAAAGAAAGAAAGCUUGAAACAGAUUUCAGAGAAACUGUCAUAAAAGAUACAGCAGGCCCUGAAUCAGAAUUUAGUGAAUGUUUUACUGAAGAAUAUCAAGUUAUUAAUGACAUGGGAAAUGAAAUGCUUGAGAAAGAAAAGAUUAUAUCUGAAUUUGCACCAAAAGAACAAAGAAGGGAAAAGAAGUUACAUGAAGUAGAAGAAAACAUUCAAGAAGAAUUGAUUAGAAAACAUAAUGGUUUUGCAUUGGAAAUUGACAAAGGUAUCUCUGACAAGAUAUCUCAUCUUUCUGAAUCUGCCAAACAAGAUGUCAUUGUAAAAGAAAAAUUACAGGAAGAGUUUGAAGAGAAGUCUGUGCAAGAAAUUAGCCAAACCAGCCUUGACGAAAAUUUUCUAGUGAAACCUAAACAAAGUAUUACUGAACAAGAACAACCUUUGAUUGACUGGGAGUUGAAAGAAUUAGAAAUUCAGAAGGAUAUGACUGACAAAAAGAUUCUGUCAGAUAUCAGCACAGCUAUUGCUGAAAAUAAGUAUCUAAUUUCUUCACAGUCUAAGGAAGAACUGAAAUUAUUGAAAGUUGAAGAAUGUAAGCUAAAGUUAGAAGACAGCAAAACUAUGAAAGAAGAGAAAUCAUUAGACAUUAGGAAAACUGAACAAACUGUUUUUGAACAAGAAUGUUUUCUCAGUGAGUCUAAUUUGGAGAAUCAAGAAGUACAAAAAGAAGAGGAGAUGCAAAAUACUGAACCAAAACAAAAAUCUGAAGACAUUAGUAUUGAAAAAGAAUUGCCAAUUUCAGUUUCAAGUACCACAGAACAGAUACAAAAAGAUCUUAUACAUUGUCUGGAAGAACCCAGAAGUAUAUUAGCUGAGGAUCAGUUAUCAAAGAAACUAGACACAACAAAACUAGAAUAUACAAAAGGAGCACCUUCAUUGUCUUCAGAAAGCUCCACUGAAAGUUUCAUUCAAGGAGAGCAACAAUUUAGCACUCAGAAGUACGAGACUAUCAAUAUGAAAAAAGAAAUUGAGCAAUCUCAAAAAAAUGUCUCAUUCAGUUCUGAAGAAGAAGAGAGAGAGAUGUUGGAGAAAGAGUUAGAACAAACUUCACUGAAAGAUGUUGAACAACAGGCUACAUCAAUGCUCUCCGAAGUCUCUAAGGAGAGUCUAGUUGUUGAAAUUGGUACCACUUGUGAUUCAGAAAAGACAUCUGAAGAAGAUGAAUUAUGGAAAGAGGUUGAAGAUAGUAAUGAAUCAGUAAAAAAAGAAGCUGAUUCUUUUGAAACUGACUCCCAAAGCCCCACAGAAAAGGAAAGAUUGGAUAAACCAAUGAUAUCAGAUUUUUCCAAAAAAGAUGAAUCUUUAAUGAAAUCAGAUACUAGCUUAAAUGUUAAAAGUACUGAUUUAUCAAGGUCACCUGAACAGUUUGUUCAGAAGGAUGAAACAGAUUCAAAGACAUACAGAGAAAUUAAAAGAGAACUUGAUAAGAAAGAAAGUGUUAGUGAAAUAGAUGAUAAACAAAGUGUUUUUUCUACCCAGGAAUCACCAUCAAUUUCACUAACGUCUCAGGCAUUUGCACUUGACUCCACUGUACAUCAACCACAAGUAGCAAGUGAUACAGGAAGAGAACCUUCCCAUAUAGAACCAACAUCUCCUCCUACUGAACAUAAACUUUCUUCACAUGAAGAUAAACAGUCUCCCUUGUCCCGUCCAUCUCCUCCUGAAACUACUUCAUACAGUACAGAACAGGAAAUAUCACCUGCAGCUGAUUAUACGGUAUAUCUUGUACCAGAAAUGCAAGUUCAUGUUGGGGUAUCACCAACAGAAAGUAAACCAGCUGCAAGUGAAAGUGGUAAAGAUGAGGAAAAACAAGUAAAAAAAUUGGAAGAGGACUUUGAUUCAAAAUUGGUAUCUGAGCCUCUAUCCGAAACUGAAAAAAAGCCUUUAACCAAUAUGCAUUCUUCAUCUCCCCAGAAAACAUAUUCGGAAAUACAAAGAACUGAAUAUGCUUAUGGAAGCAAAGGCUCAGAAAGUUCUGAUGGCAUUGAAGAUGUUUCAUCUAAAGUUUAUCAAGUACAUACUUGGACAGAAUCAACCCAUUUAUCUGAAAUUUCUCAAGGCUCUGAAAUAGAUGUAGCACUUCAUGAAACUCCUGUUGGAUAUGAAAACACAGCUUUUGCAGGAGUUGAUGUUAUAGAUGAACCUGCCAUGCAAGAACCAGAUUCUGGAAGAGCUACCAGUCCUUAUGAAGUGCUACGACCAUCAACACCCACGCUACCUAUUGGUCAAGAUAAAACUGUCAAAAUGGACCAGGAAAUAUUUUCUCAGUUCUCAAAACAGAAUAUGGAUACAAGUGAGAAAGACAGUAAAACUCAUGUAGAACACCACAUUAAGUCUCAGAUUUUUAAUGAAGAACUUGACCUGUCUAUAGAAGAAAACACUCCAGAAAAGAAAGACAUUCUAGAAGAAAAAUCCAUGAUACAAACAGAAGUAGACAGAGAUAUCAUAGUUGUUCAGCAAAUUCGUUCUGAAAUCUUUGCUCAUGAACUAGCAGAAGAUAUAGAAAAUGACUUACCAGAAGGAAAGGAUAUUCCAUACGACCAGGGGAAUGCUAAAAGCAAGGGAAUCAUUGAAACUAAAGCUUAUGAGGAGAAAGGGGAGAUAAUAGACCAAGUUAUUUCAAGAUAUGACAUUAAUAUUGCAAAAACUGAUGAUAAACAAGUUUAUGAAAAUGAGUUCUCUCAAGAAAAAAAUAGUAUCAUAGAGAAGUCAGAAUGGGAACAAAAGUCAAAGAUUGUUGCAGUGGAACAUGUAAUGUGGGAGACCUCAGUUCAACAAGAUUCAGAAGAAAUUAUUGAAGAAGAAGUUAAAGAACUUCCCAGAGAAAAACAAAUAAUUGUAGAACAUGAAGAAAAUGAAAGUUUAGAAGGUAGUGUAGAUGAUUCAGAAAAAAUUGAAUCUUGUGAUAAACAGAAAGAUAUAUCUAGUGAAGAAAGUAGAGAUGAUGAGAUUCUUUAUUCUUUAAGAGAGGAAGCAACCAAAGUUGCUCAGGAUAUUAUUGAAGAUAUUAAAACAGAAGUGAGUCGAUGUCAUACACUAGAACAUUCUCUUUCUGAAAUAUCUGAUGAAGAUCUUGUUGAAAAGUCAGAAGAAUAUAUGCUCAGCCAUCAAGAAGUAGAAUAUUUAUUAAAAACUAGAGAUAAGCCAGAAGAAAAAAGAGUUUCUUUCUCUGAAGACAUGCCUGAAAUCCCUCAAAUAACAACAGAAGAAUUUGAAACUAUAGAAUGUGAUCAGAUGCAUACAGAAGAAGAGGAACACAAAAGUAAACUAGAACACUAUGAGCAUUUGGAUGAUCAAGAGAAAGGUGAUACAUGUGCUACUUUUAAGGAAGUAGUUUUAUCUUCUGAACAAAAAGUAUACCAGAAGGAAACAGUUAAAGGGGAAGAUAGUUAUAAUGAAUCAAAACCAAGUAGUGGUAUUAUUUGUGACAAACAAAAGAAAAAAUAUAUAACAGAAGCACAAAAAUUUCCAAAUGAGGUGCAGAAAACUCUGACACAAGCAACUGGAGACAGGACAGAUAAUUUCUCCCAAUGUUUGUCAUCUUUUGAAAAAAUUCAGUUAGAUGAUAAAUUAGUGACUUUUACUACUGCAGGAAAAGAAACUAAAGAAGAAAGUGCUAAUAUAAUGACAUCUGAAAUCAAAUUAUUUGAAAAUGUUACUGAGGAGGUAAAGGAAAAAGAAUCAGACCUUCUCUCAACACAUGCAGAAGAUGAUGAGAAGAUGCUUAAGGAAAGUAUAGUAGAAAAGGUGCAGAAACAAGAUUACAUGUCAUCUACUCCAAUAGUACUUGAUCAAAAACAGGAAGAAAAAGCUUCAUCAAAGAAACAACUAGACCUUUCUUCCUUUUCUUCAUACACACACGUAGAGAAGUGCAUAUCUGAUGACUUUGCUAAAACUGAAAAGGAUAAAGAGAUUUUUGAUAUGCAUCUUACCUCUGGUGAAAAAAUACAAAUAGUUGAAAAAAAACUUGAAAAUAUUCAGCAACCAGGAAAUGAAACUGUUGAUGUCAGUAAGAAAACUUCGGUUAAAAAAUCAGAAUCAUCUGAAAAUAUCACAUACAGAGACAUACAGUCUUUCACUCAACAGAAAGAAACAGUUAUUCUUGACAGUUCAGAAGAGCUCAUUCAGUCUCUUUAUGAAUGUGACCAGUUAAUGAAAGAUGAAAAAAAAACUGCAAGUGUCCAAAAAAGUACAAUAAAUUAUCAGAGUGAAGACAGCUCUUUUGAAUCAGUAGACCUUCAGGAAAAAAUAAUCAUGAGAGAUCAAACCAUUUCAGAAGCUACAAUCAAAUCUGAUGUGGAGAAGAAAAAUGAAUCUGAUAAGUUAGAUAAAUUUAUCUCUGGAAGGACAACUGACUUAUCUGAACUAUCUAACUUAACCAGAAAAGAAAAACAGAUAAGCAGAGAAGGUGAGACCUGCUCUAGUUCAGGGGAAACUGACAGCCAUUAUUAUUCAUUUGAAAUGUCUGACAGUGGAAGAACACCUCGUGAAACACCAGCAACAAGCAGACCUUGUUCAUCAGAAUUUGAUAUAAAUAUUAGUGCACCAAUAUCCUCAGAGUAUGAGACUUGUGCUACUUCACAAGAAGUUUCAGGAGACAUCUCAGGUUCCUAUUCCACAGCUUAUACCUCUCAAGAAAUAUCUUUUGCUACAGCUCAUUCAUCACUUAGUCACAGUUCUCGGGAGUCUGCUAUUUCAGUAGAUUCUGAGAGUUCGGGGCAUUUAGCUAGUGUAGAAGUUUCAUCAGAAGCAAGUGAAACUCUUGUUCCUUCAGCACAGGAGAUGGAACAAGAGUUUGGAAGAGAUAUAGAAACCCCAACUCCUGAUGAUAAUGAAAUGGCUCAAGCAUUUGUUGUCAGAGAACCUUAUGACUCUGAAAUACCUGAAGAAGUAAUUCGAGGAGGUGUGGAGGUUCCAUUUUUAAGUGACUGGAAGACAAAAGAGUCUUUUGAAGCUUCUUAUCCACAAAGCUCAGGGGCCAUAUUCAGUCAGUGGUCAAACCUAAUUGAAGUGCAUGAAAUCCCAUCUAGUCCCUUUGAAAUCAUAACAGAAGAGGACUUAGCAGAUUAUCCAGGGGAUUAUCUAGAACAUAUUUCAGAAUCUGAAUGUUUGGACUCUCACAAAGCUGAAGAAAGCAAGCUCAAAGAUAAACAUAAACUAGAAAAAAAUUCAAAAGAAAUUAAGUCUGAUGAUAUUAUCCAUGAACAUACUGCCACUGAUGUUGUGGUAGUGAGUGAGACAGUUCAGAGUACAGUAGGUAUUGAGGGCCAAAGAAGUAUAUCUGAUGAACAGACUCCCAUUUUAGAUGGCCAGUUAUUUUCUGAUGAGCACACAUUAAGAUCUUUUAUCUAUAGACAGGAAUCAGGUGCCUAUUUAGCAGCUGAAUCAGUGGAUGAUCUAACAGAUCAAAUGAGCUGUAGCCAAGAAGAACUCUCUGCCUCAGAAAGUUCUGUUACCCAUAGUGAACAAACCUGGUUGUCUUCAAGUGUUGAAACCACUAUCUUGGCUACUGAACAACAAACAUGGCCUUGCUCUGGAGCUGUUAGUCAAGACCAACAGGUAACUGAAACUAUGCAUAUCUUUGCUGAGCAACAGUUUUCAACACAUGAAUCAUCUGAUGUGGUAUCUGAACAACCUCCAGAACGCUCACCUUAUCCAAGUGAUUUAAUGCUUUACCCUCAAGUUAAUGGCCCUGUUGAAGUAGACUAUGUUCCAGAAUAUGAUGCUCCAUACCCAGAAUCACAAGAACAAGAAACAGAAGUAGAGUCAACCUUUGCUGAAGGAACUCCAACAAUGUUUGCAGUAACAGGUGAUAGCAAUAGUAAUGAUACGCAAGACACAUCAGAGCAAACAAGUAUGGUUGAAGCAACAAGGAAUAUACUUCUUUCAGCAACAGGAAUAUCUGCUUUAGUACCUUCUCAAGUUCACCAACCUGAAAGUGAAAGAGUUUAUGAUGAAAGCCAAGAAUUACAACCACCAACAGUAUCUUUAGGACACACUGUUUCAGAACAAUGUUCUGAGUCCGAUUCAUCAGAAGGAGAUAUACAAGAUAUUCAAACAAUUCAAGAAAUACAAGAACUUCAAGAGCAGGAGUAUGCCCAAGAAUAUGAAACAUGUAGAGCUGAAGCUGAUGAAGUGUAUUUUCAGUACUAUCAACGUCAGUAUGAAGAAAAUGAAGAAGAAACACAGAAUCUUCCAUGUGAAGUAGAUAAAACAGUUGAUUGGCCUGAAUCAGAACUGUUAGAAGAGUUUUAUGAGUCAGGUAAAAUAGCUGAAGUUUCAGAAGACCAGGUGGAUUCAGAAAUAAAAAGUGUUUUGAGUCAUGCAGUAGAAUCAGAGCAAGAGAAAGAUUUAGAAGACAUAGAACGCCCAAUGUCACCUGAGCCACCAGAUUAUAGUUCUUUGGGAGAAAAUGACAGUUACCUCCCAGAAAGUGAUCAAGGUUCAGUGUUUCUUCAGCAAAAUAUACCAUCAGCUCAAGAAACUAGUCUUAGACAUACUUCUGUCACUUCAACAACACAAUUUCCAGCUACUAAAAUUAUGAGUGAAUCUACAUCUGCAGAUCAACAACUUGUCACACAUACUGAGGGCUUUUCCAGACAAUUUCAAACAGACUCACACAUCAGUGAAUCAUUUGAAAUUAUGGAUAAAAAAGAAGUUGCUGACACUAAACCGGAGGAAGACACUUAUGACAUCAUUACUGAAAAUGAAAUUCAAACAGUUUCUUCUAUUGAGAAAUCCUCCUCUAGUAAAAUACAGCAAGGAGACAUCAUGGAAGAAUCUUUAUUGUCAAAAGCUCAGAGAUCAUGUGGACAACAGUCUUUAGCAGAAUCACAUAUAGCAACAGCUGUAUCAGAGAAAUUCACAAUCCAAGCACAUCAAGCUUAUAAGCAUGACAUUGAGCAGGACAGUAAUUUCCAAAGCAAAAAUGUGAUGGAAGAAGACAAAGAUGGUAGACCAUCUGGACAAAAGGUAACAUAUACUUAUGGUAUACAGUUUGAAAGAAAACAAGAACAUGACUUAGAAGAAGACAGUUUUGGGGAAUUAUAUACACAUCGUGAAGAAGAUGAAGAUGGGUUUGAAGAAAUUGAAAGAGCUAGUAAAACCAAACCAUCCUCAUGUGAAAAGAUUCACUCUUCAGAUCUCAAUGCAUUUGCAGGGAAAAAGUAUAUAAGUAAAAGUGAGCAAGAGGAUGGGUCAGUUUCAUCCUUACAAGAGUUUGAAAAUCUGGAGUCAGGAGUUACAAUAGGAGAGAAAUCCAGUCUGGGAUUGGUUGAUUUAGUUAUUGGUAAAACAGUCUUAAGUAAAUCAGGAGAAGUGGAUGAUAUCUCUCUCUGUUCUCAGACUGAGUUUGAGCAGUUAGAAAAGGAAUGUGAAGAAGUUGAGCAUGCAGCAACCAAGGAAGACUUCUCGAAAUCUUCUGAAAUUAAAGAAAGUUAUCAUGUUCAAGACAUCACAGAGGAUGCAGAAUCAAGUGAAUCAGAUGACUAUGAGAAAAGAAUGAGUGAAAUUGAUGAAAUUAUUCGACAGGCCCAAACCAAUGUUGAACAGUUCCAUGCUGAUCAUGACCAGUCACUUUCAGAAUCUGCUGGUUUUACCAUUAAGUUGCAAAAAUAUACAGGAACACUUUCAAGUGAAAGCACAGAAAGUAGCCUCAUGGAGAAGACCUCAUCUCAGAAAGAUGAUCAUGACAUUGAUUCAUUAAAUGGGAAUGGAGUUUUGGAAAGACAAGUUUCUGUAGAAGGUCACAUGUUAGAAACAAAUGAACAAAGUAUUGUUCAUGAGUUAGAAACUCGUCCUGCUUUACCUCAGCACAUUAUAAUUGGUAGAACUGUAAGUGGUCACUCAGCUGAAAGUUGUGAUUCUCAACCACGAAGCUCCACUUCUACUGUGACUCAGUAUGAUAUAGAGUCUUUGAGAGAAAGAGAAGCUGAACUAGAAGAGACAGAAGCUGUUGGUGACCUGAAAUCUAGGUUAUUCAUAGACCAAAGAGUUGAAAAAUAUGGAACUCUAGAAGAGGAUAAAGAUUUUAUGCAUGAAGAAUUUGAUCAUUCUUUUCAUGAAGAUUCAAUUUAUGAAAAAAAGGAAAUUCAUGCUGAAGAAAGUUCUUUGCUUAGUGAUAAGUCAGCUGAUGUAGACUCAUUACUAGAAGAAAAAGCAGAUAAAGACUCACUGCAAGAAGAAAGGGAUGUGGACCAAGAUUCACUUCAUGAAGAGAUGGAUUUACCAGAUGAUCAGGAAGCAAUCUUACCUGGGGCACAGAAAGCUUCAGAACAAGUAAUUAUAAAAAGUUCUUGGCACCAGAGACACCUAUCUGAAGAUGAAUGUGACAAAGACUCUUUGAAAGAUGAACAUAUUACUGGACAAGACACAAGUUCAAGUGGAAAAGAUGGACAAGGUAGUGGAGGUAAAGGUGAUUGUAUGAUAUCAAGCACAGAUUCUUUGGAACCUAGCAGUUCUACAGCUACACAUGCCACAUAUCAAUUUGAAACUGAUUCAGUGAUGUCUUCUAGUGUAAACAGUGUUCAUACCUCAGGAGAGGAGUCAACAAUGGUAUCUAGCACUGACACUAUUGAACCAGAAGUAGUUCUUUCUUAUUCAGUGGGAGAUAUGUCUGAAGCUACAGAAUCUCAUAAAAUCUUCAGCAGAGAUCAAGUAGAAAGCCAUUUACAAUUAAAAUCUGAAAUUAGGUCACUUGUAAAGGAUGCUGAUAAGAACUACAAAACUGUUAUAUCACAAAGCAUGACACAACCCAGUCAGUUAAUUAUUUGUCUUAGUGAGGAAAGCACUAAACCUCGCAUGAGUCAUGAUGUAGAGCAGGUGCUUGGAAAAGAUGCUGAAACGUUUAGUGCUGGUAAAUCAUCUGAAGUUUAUGAAGAAGUUGAAGCCAAAGAUGAAAGUGAAAAUCAAGUGGUUAUCCAUUCUGUGGAAAAAGAUAUUGUGUGGCAAGAAAAACUUGAUAGCACAGAAUCUGAAACAGAUAUUGAAGAAAAAGUGAAAGAUGUUAUAGAAAAACAAGUUACUGGGGUUAAUGAUGGUGAUGAAACUCAGAAAGAUCACCCAACAGAUGAAAAGGGUAAUCUAGUCAUUACAAAAAUGAUCAAACAACAUUUAACAUCAGAACCACAAGUGAUGACUUACCUGGAUGAAGAAACCCCUGAAUCUGGUGUGGCUUCUUAUGUAAAAAAGUCAUUUGAGGCUGACAAAAAUAUAGCUGUUAUACAAAAACCAUCUGAAAGCGUAGAAGAAAUUGAAACCAUAGAUGCAAGUGGAAAUCAAGUUAUUAUCUGUCAUAUUAAAAAUAAUAUUACCUGUGAAGCAAAUCGUGAUAUCACAGAUUCUGAACGAGUUGUAGAAAAACAUUUAAAAGAUUUCAUACCUAAACAGACAAUUGAUAUUGAUUAUGGUGAUGAUGAAGUUGAAGGACAUCCCUCAGUAGAUGAAAAGGGAACUGUAGUCAUCACAAAAACUAUAAAAGAACUCUUGAACUCUGAACCGCAGGGCCCUGAAGAAACACUUACUUGCCAACUAGUUACUCACCUAGAUGACAAAACCUUUGAAUCUGGUUCAACAUCUGAUGCUGUAGAAACAUUUAAGGCUGAGAAAGAUGCAAGUAUAGCUUUUAAAGAUGAACCAUCUGAAAUGUUAGAAGAAAUUAAAACCACAGGUGUUAAGAGAAAUAUCUUAUAUGAGCCUACUAUUAGUAGUACAGAUAAAAUAGAAGAAAAAUUAAAAGAUUUAUUAAAGGAACAGACCCUAGGUGUUGGUAAAGAUCAUGAAGAAGUUGAAGAACAUCAAAAGGUGGAUGAAAAAGGAAAUGUAAUCAUCACAAGGACAGUAAAACGACAUGUAACAUCAGAACCACAGAUUCAUAAAAAAACCUUUAUGGGGCCAGAUGCUGAGAAACAGACUAAAGAGUUUUUUCAAAGUUUUGACUCACUGAAACCUACUGAAGAUGAAGACCACUAUGAAGGAGUUGAUGACGAAGGAAAUAUGAUACGUGUAACCCAGAAAUUUGUUGUGAAGCCAGAGAUACACACAGUGACAUUUACUGGCCCUGAUGCUCAUAAACAAAUGGAAUAUUUUAUGAAAACUUGGAGUGAAAGUCAGGAUGGUGAAAGGGAUUCUAAUGAUGCACAUUGUCAUAGACUAAACGUUUACACAAAUGAUUCCUCAGGUGAAAAAAUUUCCUCUUCUCAAGCUGAACCCCAAGAUACCCAAUCCCCACCUGUUUCAUCUGUUUACUUCUGUGCUUCCUCUCUUUCCAAAAUGCUUGAUUCAGAUGACCAUGAACACAGCUCAUCUUACCAGACUGAUGAAGGAUUGGAGUCAGAUCCAGUAUUUCAUCUUAAGACUCAGGAGCCAACUUCAACAGCAGGUCAGAUGUUGGACAGAGGGACUCAACAGUUUCAUUUUAGAGAUGUCUCUGAUGGAGUGCCUCUGCCAGCAGCUUCAACUCGUCACACUGUUUACCGUCAAGAUGACAGAACAGUGCAUUUUGAUCCGAGGGAAUAUGACCAUGAAUUUCAUUCAAAAUUCCCCUCUCAUUUCACUUGUGCAGAAGAGGAAAAGGAGGAGUUUGGCAGUGGCCACUGGCAACAAGAUAGUGGUGACGGUCAUUGGACAGGACAGAGUACCACAGAAGCCAGGUCGGAAACCACAUGUACCUCCACCACAGUAGGAGCUGAUGGCCAACGUUGCACUGUCACUGAAACGACCACCCAAUACGGUGAUAUCGAAAAACAUGGCAGUCUUCAGCAGAGCAUGCAGGAGAUUCUAAACCAGUUCAUGACCGACGAGGGCAGUUCACAGACUGCCUAUCAUUUCGAUGAUGAUAAAGAAUAAACAAUCCUUAUCUCUAGACAGUGUUCUACAAUGCCAUUAACUCCUCAAUGGCACCUGUUGUCUUGAAAUUCUAUCCUUAUUCUGUUGUUGUCUUGAGUAGUAUUUCAUUUAGUCAUUGAAGUCAUAAUUGUUUGUUUGAUUUUGGACUAUUAUGUAACUUUUAAAGGCAAUGAGAACCACAAACUAUAAAAGAAGCUCCAAAUAUUGUGAAGGAAUUUAAGCAUUUAAACAUAAAAAUCUCAGCUUUGCUCUGCCAUACAAGUGUAUGUGUUGAUGUUUCUUUGCUGAGUUUACAUUGUGAGCUUUGCUGUAGAUGGAAAAAAGUUGUAAGAGUAAGAUUGUGAUAUAUAAUGAACUAUUUACCUUGUGGUUGAAAAUUUAAUUCAUGAUCCUGCAUUUUUAGUAUAAUGGCUUUUUAAAAAAAUCCAAAAAACUCUUGUAACGUACUAUCAAAUUAUCUUUGGUGACUUAAUUUAAUUCACUUGACUAAGACAGCAGGUCAGUUUGAAUUCUGAGGGAUAACCAAAAACAGGAUAUUUUCACUUGCAUGAAUUUAGCUGUAGUUGUAUGCUUUAAUUUGCAUUGGGUAAUUGAAGGUAAAACAACACAAGUGUAUACCUUAUAUUUAACACAUAAAACAAUAAAAAACAUUUGGACUUUUCAAUUUGUAUAUUCUUUCCCCUGUUCUGGUAUAUUGUUUUUCUCCAAUGGGAAACUAAGAGCUUAAUAUAAGUAUAAAGUAUUUCUUCCAUAUUCAGAUGAGUUAAUAUUUGUUAAGUAUUGUUUUAAAGCAUCGUAUUAGUUAAAAAAGUUAAAAGGGAUAUUAGAAUAAGUAGUAAAAAUAAUAUUUACAAGAUUAUAACAUUCUUGCAUAGAACUGUUGUCGUAUCAGUCAACACCUUCUCAACCAGAAAUGUCACAGUUGUAAUGUAACCAAAUGAAAUGGCAUCUUAUCCUCAUCAUUGCCUUACCAUAUUCGUCUACUGUUAUCAAGUUGUGAGCUAGUUAAUGCAUCUUUAAUUAUUUUAGGGCUUUGAUUUUUACUAUGGCAGCUUAUUAUUGAAAAACUUCUUAGAGUAUCGGUAGAACUUGGGAAAUGAAACCAGAUUUAACCCCCAGGUGCAUGACACAUUUUACUGAAUGUAAUUGUGUGUAAUGCAGUAAAAACUAUUCAAUAUUUGGAACUUUGGAGAUGGGCAAGUAAUUGGCCCCUACUUAUCCAUCCCUGGAGAUUUAAUUGUGAGCUGGUAAAAAUAUAUUGUGUUUCAUUUCUUUACGGUAAUUUAGAAAAUUUCAAGUUCAAUAAAGCUUUCUUGUUCACAAAA